AAAACCGCUCUCCCUUCCGCCCAGCAUAUUAUGUCGUUUUUAUCUUCGCUGUCGACGUUCAUGCUUCCUCAGAGCCGUACUACUUUCACCUGGCCGCGCAAUAGCUGUGAACUCGUAACCAAACACACAACACGCUACGACAGGAGUGAUCGUCUAACUUACAAUAUGUGGUACUCGGAGACUCUCUCUUACCUUCACACGACUAACCUGGUGGUAAUCGCCGCCUAUGCCGCACUGAUCACGGUUAUAUUCUUGGUCAUUGUUAAACUGUACACUUGGAUGACAACAGGUGUAUACCGCGGCACCACCAUCAUGAAAGGCAAAGUCGUAAUCGUCACAGGAUGCAACUCGGGUAUUGGCAAAGAAACAGCCAAAGAUCUGGCCAAGCGUGGCGCCAGAGUCAUUAUGGCUUGCAGGAACAUGGAGACCGGAUCGAAAGCUAGAGACGAAAUCAUCAACUGUAGUGGAAACUCUGACGUGGUGCUCAUGCAAUUGGAUCUGAGCAGUUUGAAUUCAGUACGUCAAUUUGCAGCCAAAGUAAACAAACAAGAAUCUCGAUUGGACGUACUAGUCAACAAUGCUGGCGUGGCAAAUACUUUUGGUAAAAAAAUUACCGAAGAUGGUUUAGAACUCACCAUGGCCACCAAUCAAUAUGGCCCAUUUUUGCUGACACAUUUACUUUUACCAUUGUUGAAGAAGACCGCCUCCAGCAGGAUUGUAAUAGUCGCGUCCGACUUGUACAAGCUCGCGAAAUUGAACUUGGCCAAACCGAAUCCGACCAACCAAUUGCCCGCUUACUUAUACUAUGUCUCCAAAUACGCCAACAUCAUGUUCUCAAUGGAAUUAGCACGCAAACUCAAGGACAGCAAUUCUGGUGUCACGUGCAAUUGCCUUCAUCCCGGUAUCAUUGACUCCGGAAUAUGGAGAAACGUGCCGUUCCCGUUGAACUUGGGCUUGCAACUGAUCGUCAAGACCAUGUUUAAGACUACCGAACAAGGCGCACAAACUUCAAUUUACUUGACCGUCAGUGAAGACGUUGCUAAGAUCAGCGGGAAAUAUUUUAAAGAUUGCAAAGAAGGCAGUUUGAGAAGUGAUGUCUUAGACGAAGGAAACGCCAAGAAAUAUUGGGAAAUUUGCGAAAAUCUCGUGAAACUUCAGCCCAACGAUCCAAGACCGUAACACACGCAUGACGUAUAUAAUAUGUGUUAGGUACACAAUUUUUACACAUUCUAUGUAUCAACACGACGAUUGAUUAAUAUUUAUUAUCGAUAAUUGUGUAGGUACUUACCUACGUUUAUAUGUUGUUACAAUUAUUAUGUACCAUAUAUGUUAUAUGAUAUUGUAUUUUAAUAUAUUAUUUUAAUAAGUAUCUAUUAAAUUGUAUUAGGCGUACUGACCUAUUACGGGUUUAGUUGUUUUAGAACAGACUUCCUAUAUGCUUCGAAUGUUAAUCAAAACCGUUAUUGUUUAUAAAGUAAUCAAAUAGGUAGGUAUUACAUUUAAAACGAAAAUGUACCUGAAAUAUAUUUUUCUUACAAGCUACUAAUAUUUCGAAAUAAAUCAUUUUGUUAACGGUGUAAAUGUGAAAUAUAUUUUUAAAGGCAUUAAUAAAUCAUGAUAUAUAUUUUUUAA